AUGUCUAUCAUACAUUCGCUCCUCAGCGCGACCAACUUCCGCAAUCCAUUUUUGAGGAACCUCAUCCCCAGCGUGGGUCUGGCGUUUGGUAUCCAGGCUGCGUUUGGCGUGCCCUCGAUCAUCGGCCAGACCGAACGCUUCUAUGACCUGUCCGGGUCUGUUACAUAUCUCUCGUGUACCGCGUUGAGUCUCUACCUCCCAGUCAUACGGGCGCGUGCCGCGGCCGCCGCGGCCGGAGCAGUGAAACCAGCCUGGCCGACAUUGUUGAGUGCGUUCAAUGGCACUGCAGGACCAUAUGGUUUCAACUGGCGACAGGUCGUUCUGAGCGCCGCUGUCAGCUUCUGGGCUGCUCGACUGGGAUCCUUCCUCUUCCAACGUAUCCUGAACGACGGCACUGACUCCCGCUUUGAGAAGAGCCGGUGCUCACCACCGAAAUUUGCUGUCGCAUUCUUCGCCCAAGCCGUCUGGGUGUCUCUGUGCUUGCUCCCGGUUCUGUCCAUCAACUCUCUCCCAGCGAGCACAUUCGCCGCCCUCGGCUCCUCCUUGAUCUCUCUCACCGACAUCCUCGGCAUUCUGCUCUACGUAGGCGGCCUGGGCUUUGAAGUAACCGCCGACCGACAGAAAAGCAAAUGGAGCCAGGAGAAGAAAGAAAAGAAACACGACGAAGAUUACCUAACCCGCGGGCUGUGGAGUAAGAGCCGCCACCCAAACUACUUCGGCGAAAGCACGCUGUGGACCGGAAUCGCGACAUUGGCCGCCGGUGUGCUGGCGAGUGAAGCCGGUGUCGCGGGGAUAGGGCUCGCGGGCUCGGCGUUGAUGGGGAAGGUUGUUGCGCUGUUGGCUGCCGGCGUCAGUCCCGCAUUUGUCACCUUUUUGCUGUUCAAGGUCUCGGGUAUUCCCCUGAGUGAGAAGAAAUAUGACCAAAAAUUUGGUGAUCGUGAGGAUUAUCAACGUUGGAAAAAAGAGACUCCUAUGUUCUUUCCCAAGCUAUGA